UCUCUCAAUAUAUGUGAAGUAGAUGCUCAUAUUAUAUAAGAUAUACGAAGUGCUCUAACAGUUACAAGAUUGUCUAAAGGGUAAUACAGAUUAAACUCGAGAAAUAUGGUAUAUAGAGAUAUAAAACUGUGAGUUUUAUGAAGUGUGUACUUGUGUUGUGCAGCUAUGUGGCAGUGUUGAGAUGAUCUCUCUCUUAAGACUUUCAGGAGAAAGACGCACAACAUGAGACGAUAUUUUCAACUCUUGAGUAGUUUGAAGUGAAAGUUAAAUGUUUAAACGCUCGUGCGCGUUUGCGAUCAUCAAUUGAUGUAUGUUUCAUCUCGGCAGUGUGAAAACAGACAGAUCAUGGGUGCUGUCAAUGUUUGUCUAAUGCUUCUUCUGGUUUGGACCCUCACAGCUGUCUGUAAAGAUGACGAUAUUACAUGUGAAGAUGUGACCGGACAUGUGGGAAAAGAAUUAACUCUCACCUGCAGAAUCUCAUAUCAGAGCCACACAUGCUGCAUUAUGAAGUACAAGUUUUAUAAUGAAGACGAAAUCCACAGAGAAGAGUUUAGAAAAGAUCCCUGCAUACAUCUGACCAGCUUUUCAUGUCCUUACACUGCAAAUGAAGUCACGACAACAAAGAUUAAGUUCUUUUCGCAAACCACAUGUGGAGCAAAAACAAGAGAAUUCACUGUGAACAUAACAGACGCUGUUAAAGAAGAAGACACAGCAGGUGGAACGAAUAGAAUCGAAGCUGAACCUGCACCUGAAGAGAAAGCUCCUGUACAAGCAGGGGAUAGAUCAACACUAGCCGUUAUCAUUUCUGUCCUGAGCUGUUUUAUCAUCAUCGUCAUGGGAUUUACUCUCAGAAAGAAACGCAACAUUACCAACACUCCCAAAUUCAAGAAGGCUGAAGUUUGUGUGUGUGAACAUGCCGAUAAGCAUCCAGUAUAACAAAAUACAAUCUUUUUUUAAAGUAAAGCUUUUAUAGUAUCUUGAGUUUUAAAAGUAAGACUGUAAAAAUAAUGUGAUCAAUAGGUCAUGUCAUGUUAUCAUAUGACAUUCCCAUUCAAUUUAAGGCAGUUUUGUUCCUGCACAAACUCCAUCACAUGUGCUGGUCACAAUAAUAGUCCAUAGAGAUAUAAAAUAUCCGUUGUGUAUACAGACCGAAUAAAAGUAACUGACUGUUGAAUGGUGAAAUAUUUAAAAGCAUGGUUAAUGGUUUGAAAGGGAAUAAAAGGCUACUUUAGCCUACUUUUUGAUUUCUGUGAAAUAAUAUUCUUAUUCAUUUGUUUGAUCAGAGUGUAUAUCUUGAAAAUUAAAAUGCUUAUUGUUUUCUCUGAGCAUUAACAUGAAAUGAAAAGUAUGUUAUAGUUAUAUAUGCAUAUGAAGAGUUUGGUUUCAAGAUGAGAACUGUUUGUUUAUUAUGCAUUACAAUUAAUAUCAUCAAACUGCAGUUGGUUUGUUUUGAUUUAAGCCACAACAACUACAAAAAUACAGCUUACUAACACAAUAAAACCAAAUAGAAACAUAAUAACAAGAUUUCUUAAUUUGUUUAUCUCAUUUUGUAACCAAACUCUUCUAUGAUAAACUACCAUGUGAAAGUAAGAUGCACAGAUAAGGAACUAGGUUUGUCUAUUAUUGAUUCUUUCCAUUGUUUACUGUGUGUGUGCGUGCGUGCGUGUCACUUACUAUCAAGAUUAUUUUAUUACACAAAGUUAUAAAAGGAUGUUCAUUGUUUAUUGUUUAAAUGCAUUAUAAUAAAACAAUUUGUGACACUCUGUA